GCGCCCCAGCCCGGGCUGUGUCUGCCCGCGGCCAUGGCGCUCGUCUUCCCCGCCAUCCGGGUGCUGCUCGGCCUCUUCUUCCUGCUCACCGGGGCGGUGAAGCUGACGGACCAGAUCUCGGCCGAGCUCUACCAGCAGCUGAAGUCCCAGUUUGUGCAGUUCGCCGACGUCUUCCCCCUGAAGGAGUUUGGCUACAAGCCGGAGCCGGGGCAGUACCUGCAGGUGGUCGGCUGGAUCGAGGUGGUGGCUGGAGCGCUGCUGGCCUUUGGGCCCCAGCUCCUGCAGGAGAUCAGCAACUUUGUGCUCACCAUCGUCAUGAUCGGUGCCAUCUACACCCUGCUGGUGCUGAAGGAGCCCUUGGCCAUGUGUGCUCCGGCUACAAUCUGCCUGGGCCUCCUGCUGCUGCUCAACAUACGAGGAAGGGGGGGCAGGGCCAAGUCCAAGUUUGAGUGACUGGAAUGAAAUGGGGGGCCGGGGCGCUGGAUUGGCAGGAAAUGGUGUCCUCCCCCCAACAAAGUGUUGCAAUGACAUGGCUUCCUGCCAAUGAACUCGCCGCUUACGCGCAGUACAAACUCAAAAAUCCUGGGGCGGGACCAGCAGAACUAGGGCCCAGUGCUGACUAAUCCGGGGACCUGGGGGACCUGCUGCGGUUUGCUUGGGGAGCAGCUGGCUGGCUGGAAGCUUUGCACAGAGGCUGGGAAGUUUCUCUUUCUGCCCUGGCUUUGAAGGCGGCCCGUCCUGACCUGCCAGGUGGGGCAGGGUAAUUGGAACUGGGUUGUGGUGCAUUGUGCUGGGACCUCAUGGGGGGAAGCUCUGGAGUGUGCCCCAAAUGGGUAACAGCUGUGUGAGUUCCCACAAUGGGUCACCCUCCAGCGUGACCUGGGGUGAGUCGGGGGGGGGAGGGGUCAAGCUCCCAUGGCCUAGCGAGCCCUUCACCUCUCUGCCAGCCAGUGCUGGGGGGAGAGUCCGCCUAGGAACUGAGCUGAGACCCAGAAAACUUAUCUCGCGUCCAGACAGCUCCUGGCUGGAUUUGAACCACUGACAUCCCAUCACUGAUCCCCAUCCAGGCCCUGUGGGGUGCUCUUGAUGGGAAUCUUUGCGGCUCCCAUUCCUUGGGAGCCGCAGACAGCUUGGGUUUUCAGUGGGAACAGCUGAGGUGAACACAACCUUUGGCUCCUGGGGGGCCCACCCUUCUCCGCUGGCCAGGGAGAGUGGUGUGUAAGGCCUCCGUGCAGCGGGAAUGAAGGAGGAACCUUCCCACCCUGCAACGUCCUUGCUGCUCAGAGCCAACGGAGAUGCAGCUUGGUCCUCUGAGGCGGUGCCAGAAGGCUGCGGAUCUUGCAUUGGGUUCUCCGGGGUGGAUGUCGUGAGGUCUCUCCACUCUGACGCCUAUGACUCCAGCACAGGAUCCUCCUCCAUUCAGGUCAGCCCCAAACCUGCACUGAGGUGCCACCACUGCCAGCGAGACGUCUUGCCCCCUCUGUUCUCCAGGCCUUCUGGGCCAAACCCCAUGGGGCUGCUCCCUGAACUUGGACAUUUGCUCUGCAGUCUCAGUUCUCCCCACACGCUCUUCUCGCCCCAGGAGCCAGCCCGGCUUCUCUUGCGCUGAUUCCUUCAGGCUGCAGGGCUCCAGGGCUGAUUCCCAGCGGCUGCCCGCGUUGCUUUUCCCUUCUCCCCGCUGCCCACCCCAGCUUCUCCAAUGAGAGCCCAAGUCUCCUCGGUCCUAGGACCAGCCAACCUGGCAGACACAGGGCAGGAGGAGCCGCCUGGCACUGCGCUGGAUGUGCCACCAGCCUGAGAUGCUCUGCCGGGGGUCAGGGGCUGCCCACUUUGCUCUGUCGCUAAGAAUCGUAUCGUGGUGCCAGUGCCCCGUGGUGCCAGUGCCCCAUGGAGCUGUCUGGCCAGGCCUCGGGGGAGGAGGUGGUGCUGACUGCUCCGGACGGGGGCCACAUAGCGCUGACUUUUAAAUAAAACCUCUAUUUCCAAC